CGUGGGUAUCGCUCUGCUGAAAUAGAGGCGCCCGGGUGCUCAGAGACAGCUCUGCAGCCACUUCAUCCAGUCUCCAGAGCCAGAGCCACAGAGGUCCAUCGAUACCCGUCCAUCAGCAGCUACCAGCAACGCCACCACCAUGCGGGAGAUCGUGCACCUGCAAGCCGGGCAAUGCGGCAACCAGAUCGGGGCCAAGUUCUGGGAAGUAAUCAGCGACGAACACGGCAUUGACCCCACCGGGACCUAUCAUGGGGACAGUGACCUCCAGCUGGAAAGAAUCAAUGUCUACUACAAUGAGGCCACAGGUGGAAAUUAUGUUCCCAGAGCCGUGCUGGUUGACCUGGAACCUGGCACCAUGGACUCCGUCCGCUCUGGCCCUUUUGGCCAGAUCUUCCGGCCAGACAACUUUGUGUUUGGUCAAUCCGGAGCCGGCAACAACUGGGCCAAGGGUCACUACACCGAGGGCGCGGAGUUGGUGGAUGCUGUCCUGGACGUGGUGCGCAAAGAGGCAGAAAGCUGCGACUGCCUCCAGGGAUUCCAGCUGACCCACUCGCUAGGUGGUGGCACUGGCUCCGGCAUGGGGACCCUACUCAUCAGCAAGAUCCGGGAGGAGUUCCCCGACAGGAUCAUGAACACAUUCAGCGUGGUGCCAUCGCCCAAGGUGUCUGACACGGUGGUGGAGCCCUACAACGCCACGCUGUCUGUGCACCAGCUGGUGGAGAACACCGACGAAACCUACUGCAUUGACAACGAAGCCCUGUACGACAUCUGCUUCCGCACGCUCAAGCUCACCACCCCCACCUACGGGGACCUCAACCACCUGGUGUCGGCCACCAUGAGUGGGGUGACCACCUGCCUGCGCUUCCCGGGCCAGCUCAAUGCAGAUCUUCGCAAGCUGGCGGUGAACAUGGUACCCUUUCCUCGUCUCCACUUCUUCAUGCCGGGAUUCGCACCCUUGACCAGCCGGGGCAGCCAGCAAUACCGGGCCCUCACUGUUCCUGAGCUCACUCAGCAGAUGUUCGAUGCGAAGAACAUGAUGGCCGCGUGUGACCCGAGACACGGCCGCUACCUGACCGUGGCUGCCGUCUUCCGGGGACGGAUGUCCAUGAAGGAGGUGGACGAGCAGAUGCUAAGUGUGCAGAGCAAGAACAGCAGCUACUUCGUGGAGUGGAUCCCCAACAACGUCAAGACGGCCGUGUGUGACAUCCCACCCCGGGGCCUGAAGAUGGCAGCCACCUUCAUCGGCAACAGCACCGCCAUCCAGGAGCUGUUCAAGCGCAUCUCGGAGCAGUUCACCGCCAUGUUCAGGCGCAAGGCCUUCCUGCACUGGUACACGGGCGAAGGCAUGGACGAGAUGGAGUUCACUGAGGCGGAGAGCAACAUGAACGACCUGGUGUCCGAGUACCAGCAGUACCAGGAUGCCACAGCUGAGGAGGGAGAGUUCGAGGAGGAGGCCGAAGAGGAGGUGGCCUAGGCUUCUUGCCAUCACUCUGCCCCUGGGGCAGACCAGCAAAGCUUUGACCCUGCCCCAAGCUGCCUCCUCCCCUCAGACCCUAUGAGCAUCCUCAUCAUGGCCCUACUAGCACCGACCAAGCCCAGAGCCCAGGUUGCUUCUACUUGUUUCCCCUUUAGCCCCUGAACCCCACUUUCCCUCCACCCCUGCCCAGCUCUUCUAAUACCCAUAAGCCCCCACACAGGCUUCACUUCUUUGGAUCUUGACAGUCGUGUCUUUUAUCCUGAGGCUAUUCCCCUGCGCUCCCAAACCAUUCUCCACCUCUGAUAACCCCAGAGAAUUCUCUAGAUCUUGACUUACCCAUGCCCCAACCCCCUCACCUUGCCUUACCUUUGACCUCACAGCUCCGCCAUCCUGACCCAGCUCCUGUGAGACCCUGUGUGUCCCUGCCCUUGUGCCUUAGUUCAGCUUGGCUUUACCAGGGAAGAACUGGAGGGAGAGGAAAGAGAGGCCUGUGGCCUGGGGUGAGAUAGCUCCUCCCCGCUGGCCACCCCACCCUGCUUCUGCUGACACCCCCCCCCCCCAAUCAAUAAAUGAGUCAUUGCUUUGA